AUGAACGGUGACGGCUAUUCUCGAGCAGAAGGUGGACGCUCAGGUGGAGGCCGCGAUUACGUGAGUGAAGGCAUCUCCCGACCAAGUCGCCAGGUUCUAACGGAACAGUCCUCGAGGGAUGACCAUCGCGACCGCCGGGGCGAUAGGGGGGACCGAGAUGACAGGCGUCGCCGCCGAUCGCGCUCUCCCCGCCACAACUCCCGCCGCGACUAUGAGGUAGACACCUACUCCUCCAGCCGCGACUAUCGCGAGCGCGAGCGCGAGAACACAUACGCCCGCCGAGAGCGACGUGACGACCGCAACUGGGGCGACUCGUAUUCUAGGCGCGACCGACCGCGGCACGACCGCGACGAGGAUCGUGGACACGGUCGUCGGGACAGAAAUGACCGGGAGUUUGAAGAUCGUGGGCGUGGAGGUGGUGGCGGAGGCGGAGGUGGGCGUCGUGAUGGAGGCUUUGGUGGUGGAGGUGGCGGCGGCGGCGGCGGCCGUGAUAGGAGGCAGAAGUCGGCAUCGCCUCCGUACAAGAAGCGCGAACCGACGCCCGAUCUGACCAGCUUCGUGUCCAUUCUGAACCACCCGCGUCGCAUGACCCAGUGGGACAUCAAGCCGGCAGGCUACGACAACAUCACUGCCGAGCAGGCCAAGCUCUCAGGCCAGUUCCCGCUGCCCGGCGCUCCCCGUGCUGCUCCCAUGGACCCAUCCAAGCUCGCUGCUUUCGCGAACCCGGAAACUGGCACAGCAUCCACCUCAGGCUUGCUGCCGUCGAACGCCCUACAAGCCAGACGUCUGUUCAUCUACAACAUCCCAGAAGACGCCACAAACGAUGACAUUGUCGAGUUCUGGAACCUGCAGUUGAAUGGUCUCAAUGUCGUGUCAGGUCGCGAUCCGUGUGUCAGUGCACAUAUUGCCACAAACCGCAUCUACGCCGCUGUUACCUUCAAGACAGCUGAAGAUGCGACUGUAGCCCUGGCUAUGGAUAACAUUGCUAUGCGUGAUGGUGACCAAGUUGGUCUUUCCAUCCGGCGACCCAAGGACUACAUCACUCCGGUCGCGGACGCCACAGUUACCGCUGGCGACACUGUCUCCACGCAUGUCGCAGACAGCCCAAACAAGCUUAGCAUUACCAACAUUCCUACCUAUGUUGAGGAGGAGCAGGUCCGUGAGCUUGUCGAAACCUUUGGCGCGCUCAAGGCAUUCGUAUUGGUCAAGGAUACCAGCACCGAGCAGCAUCGCGUAAGCACCUUCAUUUUCGUCUCUGAGAGAGAUAUGCUAACCACGGAACAGGGCAUUGCUUUCUGCGAGUAUGUUGACCCUGAAAUCGUCGAGCACGUCAUUGAGGGCUUGAAUUCCAUCCCGCUUGGCGAAGGCACCCUCAAGGUCACCCGUGCCACCAUCGGUCUGCAGCAGCAGAUUGCCAUCGAUGGCGGCGUGGGUGCUAUCUCCAUGCUCGCUGGCGCUACUGCUGCCGACAAUCACGAGAAGAGCCGUGUCGUUUGCCUGAUGAACAUGGUAACCCCUGACGAGCUCCUCAACGAUGAGGAUUACGAGGAAAUCAAAGAAGACAUCGAAGAAGAGUGCUCCAAAUACGGCACCAUUCUUGAGGUUAAGAUUCCCCGCCCUGCAGGUGUGCGGUCAAGCGCCGGUGUCGGCAAGAUUUACAUCAAGUACGAAGAUUCCGAAAAGGCACAGACGGCUAUCAAGAGUCUUGCCGGAAGACAAUUUUCGAGGAGAACAGUUUUGGCAACUGAGUUCUCAGAAGAGGGCUUCGACGUAGAGGCUUGGUAG